AUGGCUAGCCUACAACACCCAUUUCAAUGCUUGCAAUACGCCAAGCGCAACUCGCAGGGCUUGUCAAACUUGCUGGUUGCCGCUGCGGACCGUCAUAUUUACUCCUAUGAUGCCACCAAUGGCCAGCGCCUGGACGUUUGGCCUCAUGAUGUAGAGUCGACUGUGGAGCCUGCUCCUGAGGCAGUGCCCACUCCAGAGGGCGAUGCACCCCCCGAAAAAAGAAGAAAGCUGUCUCAACAGGAGACGAACCGUGCGGGCAGCAAGCCCCCAGCGGGGAGUACCAUACCCCUCAUGGUUACUUCUCCGGAUGGGAAAUAUGUAAUUGCAACGACCGGCGAAGGCAAGACCAUUCGAGUCUUCGAAUUGACUCAUGAUGGAAAACUGAAGGAAUUGAGUUCCCGGUGA